AUGUUGAGAAUUUUAAAUGUGAAAACUUCAUUACUUCAAAAUGCUAGUAGUAAAAACACGAUUAUAAUUGCCAAUGUAAGAAAUUAUGUACCACUGGGAAGUCAUAUGUCAGAUAAUGAUCCAGAAACUCUUGAGCGUGAAAAAAAACGUCUUUUAUCUGGAAAUGUUAAAGGAGUCCUGAGAAGUGCUCCAGGAUGGAAUGAAAUGUUAGCAUCAGAUAGCGAAGCUGUGAUUAAAGCCGAACGCGAACCUGAAUCCUCCUUCCAUGAACUUCAACAAGAAUCUCUUACGGCGUUUCAAAUUAGACGAGAAAAUGAUGAAAGUGAUGUUGUGGGACAAAUCAAGCAAGAAAUAAAGAGAGAAAUGAUAGUAGAUGAUGAGUGUCCUUAUGUUCAUUGA